ACGAAAUAAAGAGCAGUAAUUAGAGAUGUGCGUUACCUUUUCUUGGUGGGUUGUUUUUCAACUGUUGCUGGUAGUUCUAUGCUAAUAUGGCAAAGUGCAGUAUUUCAGGAGAAAAAUUCAUUAACUUUGUGUUCAGCCCUUGCAUCGGGUUGCUUGUUAGUCCUGAUGUUAAUGAACUAUGCUUGCGAGAUAAUCUGACUUUUGAGGAAUUAUUAAGGCCAUUUAGCCAACUGUCUAAAGAUGUAACGUUUAGAGACAACAACAACGUCAUCCAUUCUGUGAAAAAUUUACAGCUAAAAUUUUUUGAUGUCAAUUCCUGUCUUUCGCCCAAACACAUAACUCAGUCUUGGGUGCGAUACUUUGUUAACAUUUGCUCUACAGAUAAUACUGUCAGGUCUCAGAAGUUUUGUGAUGGGAGUCGGUCUGUAGUCGUUCCAACAUCUCUUCCAUGGUUUGAAGCAUGGCGUUAUCUGUUCAUAACUAAUUUACAGCCAUUUGAACAUGAAUUUAUCACUCACAAUCUAGCCUGUAUAUUUGUUUUGACAACUGCACAUCCUGAUCCGAUUCGGGGUUUUACUGAACUAACUCAGAGCCAGUCCAAUCAACAACAUCAUCUUCCAGGAAGUCGUCCGUUUUGGUUUACAGAAAAUGUGCUUAAAUUUUAUGUAUUAUUACAUGAUGGUUCGUCGAAUAUCAAACAAAGCUGUGUUGACGAAAUAUUCAGCCAAGUGAAAACUACGUUUGGCGCUCUCAAUUGUCAUUUGUUAACCAUCUUCACUUCAUCAUCUGGAAGUGAAAUUUUAAGUAAUAACAGUUGCGCACCAAAUCACUUAUUAUUUAACAACCAUUAUCAAGCUAAUGGAAUAAUCAAUCAACCGAACACACCAUCUACUAUCGUCCAUGCAUCAGAAAAUGAACCACAUUCCGAUCCUUGGCUGCAUCAUUUGCUACCACAUGGCUAUAAACCCCAGUUGGAUCAUAAAUUAUUUCCACCCAGAGAUGCACCGAUAAAGUCAUGUAAUAAUCAAAUAAUAAAUGGAAACAACGAUCCCUUGACAGUUGAGGACUCUAGGGAAGCGUGUGGUCAAAUAUUUGGUUCUACAUGUUCGAGUACCGAUAGUUGUACACUGUAUUCUGCUGUAAUCAAGAAAAAAUAACGGGUGGGAUGAAUUGGAAAUUUACUGAAAUCCUUCUGUCUAAACCUUAUAUAAACCCUGAGAUUUUCACUACACCAACUUUUACUUGUCACUUUUGGAAUGUUUUUGUUUCCUCCCAAUUUUUGUUUUGCUUUACGACAAGGCGAGUGAAGUAAUGUGUCCAAAGAAUACUAGGCGAUCGCAAAUAUAACAAUGGAUGUCGGUUCUUAUUAAAGUUUGAGUCGACUAGUCUCUCAUUUAUUUCAGUCAAGUGUUUAUAUUCGUUUGAUAAAUUGAUGACUGUUAUUUGUUCUGAUUCACUUGGUGUUUAUUUCCUGUUUUUAGAUCUUGGUAAAACAUCAUCUCUUGAUACAUCUUGUUUAUCUGCUUCAAGCAUUAGCUCCCAGUCCUCGUAUACAUUUUUACCCAGUCGUUAUAACCAACCACAUGGACAACAUUUAACACAAGCUGAUCGGGAUCGUAUACACAUGUUUGUUUAUGAUUUCAGUGUACGGGCUCUUCUCCCUUGGGUUGAGAAAACAAUGCGUAGUCUAAACGAUCAGAUUGCGCAUCGAAUGCGUCUUUCGCGUUCUUUCUUUAAUGCCACUAAGAAAUUUUUUACUCAAGCUGUUGGUGGUGGUGGCAGCAACAACACUACAGUUAGUACUACAAAUAACUUAACUUCAAGAACAUAUCCUAAUCCAUCGCCUAUUGAAACGUCAGCGAACUAUAUAAGUAAUCCGUGUAGCCCAAUAAAUCCUACUAUUGUAAAUGAUUCGAAGGGAGAAUCAUCUUCCAAUAGUAUAUUGACUCCUCAAAGUGUUUCAUAUGCAGCCCCAGCCAAUCACUCUACAAUUGUGUAUAGCCAAGAUUCACCUGAAUCUCAAAUGCGUCGUCUAGCUGAUUUAGCAUUUCUGUUUCAGCAAUAUGAAGUAGCCUAUCAGACGUAUAAUGUAUUAAAACGUGAUUUUCAAAAUGAUUCAGCUUGGUUACAUUAUGCUGGAGCUCAGGAAAUGUCUGCCUUAUCUGUUUACCUUCAAGGUGCGACAAGCCAACGUCAGUAUCCAUAUCAUCUCAUGGAUUCAGCUGUAACUACUUACCUUCAAUCUCAUUUAUCACCAGAACUUGCUUUACGAUCAACUCUGUUAAAUUUUGAAGCAUUAUGUAGUCGUGGUCUCUACAAUGAAGCUUCUGUGGCGUUGAUUCGACUAACUUCAGACGAAGAUGAUCUUAUCAGCGGUCUCCUCAUAGAACAAAUAGCUCAUUGCGUUCUAUCACUGAAACGCCCAAUGUUAAGAAAGUUUGCAUUUCGUAUGGCAUUAGCAGCACAUCGAUAUGCUCGGGCCAAACAGCCGCUUUUGGCAAUACGAAGUUACAAAUCAGCUAUGCCAAUUGUUAUGGGUCAUGGAUGGAGUUUAUUAGAGGAUCAUAUAAAUUUCAAUGUCGGUAAACAAGCUUAUCUUAUUGGAGAUUUAAAUACAUCUUGUAAGGCUUUAGCAGAAACAUUAAAUUCAUCUAGUAGACAGUCUGCGGAACGUCAAUUGAUAUUUGUUAAAGAAUAUUUAUCAACAUUAACAAAUUUAUUAUCUACUAGAUGUGAUAAAGACCAAACUUUACCAGAAUUCCCUUUACCAAUUAUUGAUCUUCAUAAUUUUAAAAUCAUCAUUGGUAAACCAUCGCAACAAUAUCAACAACCAGCUGAUCUAUUCGUUGAAGCUCGAGGUGUACAGUUUUCGGAUACUGAAGAUGAUGAAAUAGUGAAUGAAGAUAUUGGUGACGAAUUAACACCUUCAUCAUUGUCACAAGUCAUCGAGUGUGAGAAUAUCGAUCCAUUCAAUAAUGUAGAAUUUCAAAAACUCACUAAACACUAUCAUAAUUGGAUGGAGGCCACAGACGUUAGCAGUAGCAGCAGUGAAGAAGGUUUGGUAGACGGUCAUCAUGUUGAUACUCGUUACAGAAACGGUGAUUGUUAUCCUCAUCAUAUGAAUGACAGUAAUGAUGAAUCUAGUUAUUGUGUUACUCAUAAAAAAAGUAUAUCAUCUCAAAGUAUGAUUUGUCAACGACUAGAGUAUAUUCUUUUGCAAACAACAUUACCAACCGAUGAGUCGAAGAAUUCGCAUUACUUCAAACGUGAUAAAAUUAUUUACACACCUCGUUCAAAGUAUAAACGAAUGCCUACAUUUCCUCUUGGUGAACAUUUAACUGUACGAAUAACACUCAUUAAUCCUAUGCGUAUUCCAUUAGUUUUCACUAAUGUUCAUUUAUUAUGGAUAUUUAAGUUGACAAAUUCCAUCACAGAGUCAUCAUCUUGUACAGUGAAUACAACUGAUCCAAAUAUAAUAAAUAAUUCAUCUUCUCACUAUCAUUUAUGUAAUAAUGUCAAUAAUGAUCAAGUAAUUAAUAUAACAAAUGAAAUUACAACUCAUUCCAACUAUUCUUAUCCUCAUCAUCAACAAGAAAGACAACAUGAAAUGAUCAAUCAAUUUGUUUCUGGUGAAACUAUAAGUGAAUUUAUUAUGUUACCGGGAGAACGAAAAAAUCUUCAACUUAGUAUAAUCGCUAAACAAUUGGGUCAGAUAACUAUAACUGGCCUAGGAUUUGAAUGGAGCUAUCUAUCACCUCAUCAAAAUAGUGUUGAAAAUCACAUUAACACUAAUCAUUAUGUUAUUAAUUCACCAUCUAUUAUUGAAUCUGCGCCAAACUUAUUUUUAUCUACCACAACAUCAAAAUCAUUCAACAGCAAUCUGUAUAUUGAUGGUAAAAAUCCAUCAGUUACGGAUUCAAUGUGUACUAAUCUCCCACCUCAUAUUACUACUAAUAGUGACAGUGUUCCAACUUCUAUUAGUGAACGUAAUUCUGUAAAAGGCAAAAUUCUAUUCAAUCAUAAAACGUAUAACAGUGUAAAUGAUAAUUCCAUGAUACGGUUACCGUUGGAUUGGUCAAUUACGCAUCCAGUUCCUUCUUUAAGAGUAUUUUUCAGCUCAUUCCCAAGCCAACUCUAUGAAGGUCAGAUAUGUUCAGUUCAAAUUUCACUAACUAAUAGUGGGUUAAUACCACUGACUAAUUUGCGUAUCGCAUCAAAUUGUCCAGGUUUAUUUGCGUUUGGUUCAAUUCCAUAUGAUCUGUCACCAAAUAAACAUAUUCAAUAUCUUUCAAUUCAGCCAUUAGAGCCAUGGAUUGAUGUUCCUUUUAGUCAGUCUUCUUUAAACAACAGUUACUGUACUGGUAAACAACCUUCUAUACUAAUGCCAGGUACAACUAUUACACAGAAAUUAUGGUUACGUGGUCCAUAUUUAACAUAUCCAUAUUCUCGUAGAAUGCAUCAUAACCCGAAUUCACAUCGUUAUCCUCAGCUCAUUUCAGCUUUACCAUCAUCAUCAUCAUUAUCUAAUCAAAGUAGCUAUGGUAGUAACACUUCCGGUGUUGUAACUUAUGGUGGUCCUCCUACCGUUACUACUACAGUUCCUGUAACUUCUACUAUAAACACCAAUACUGGUCUUUUACAUCAUAUACAGCAAAAAACUGUACAUAUUGUUUUUCAAUAUGAAUCUACGAACACUUUAAGAAGUGACCAAAGGCAAAAACCAUUUUCUGGUUGUCGUUAUGUUCGCCAUCGUUCUGAACUUGAACUGAAACCAUCAUUGCAUUUUGAAGCUGUUGCAAAUUGUUUAAAUAUAACCGGUAUCAAUGAUUUGCUGAUUAGUGUACAAAUUAAAAAUGUUGUUAAUUCAACAGUUCCUAUAAAUUUUCAAAUUAUGCAGAUUGCUUGUAUUAGUCGUUAUUGGAGCAUAAAACCUAUUCAAUCAACUUGUAAUAUUGAUACUGUUCCUAGUAUAAAUGUAGGAGAAAUUAUCACCCUUUAUUUCAAAGCUAUUCCAACCAAAAACAAUCCAGAAAUAGGACAAAACCAAAAACAACAAACUGAAAAGACUAAUGCCACUUUAAAGAAGGGGAAGAAAUUUCUUUCUGUAAUUCAUUUCAGUCAUCAUCAUUAUUGUCAAUCAAAUAAUACUGAUAAUACUGAUAGUAAUCAUUCAGUUGUAUCAGAUAUGAGAAAUAUUAUACAAAAUUCAGAUUUACCACAAUCAUUGAUCAACAUAUGUAACGAUGAUGACAUGAUGAGGUUAUCGUCAACUCAUUUAGAAUUUUUUUGUCGAUCUGGAAUAAAUUGGCAUCAUCACUCUAAUGAUGAUUCAAUUAAAUCUUCUGACGACAGUUUAUCCUUGGAUAUUAAUCUUCUUAUAACAUGGAAGGGUUCAACAGAAACUACACUAACUAAUCUUCAACAAUCUAUUUGGGGGCAAAGUCAUUUAGGAAUUAAUCAUCUAAAUUAUCCAGUACGAAUGCCAUAUAACUAUGACAAUAAUUAUAAUACAUUGGAUUUACAAUCAUCUAGAAGAAGAUUUAAAAAGCGUAAACAUAAAUUCAUAAAUAAGACAAAUUCUACAAAAAUAGUUGAUUUCAACGAAUUUGAUUUAUCCAAUUUAAUGAGAUUUCAAUUAAAUUAUCCAAAACUUGUAAAUUAUUAUUCCCAGAAGAACAAUAAUAUUUCUGAUGAUCAAAAUCAACACAAUCAUAAUCAGAAUAUAAAUUAUACUACUUGUUCAUUUGAAGAUUUCUUUAAACAUUUUUAUAAUUCACCAUUCAAUCUUCUUAAUAAUAAUCGAUUAAUAUGUGAACAAUUGAAAAAAUUUUUUGUUCCAAUCUCUGUACAAGCCAAAAUAUACAAUAGUUCAAAAUGGCCUAUUAUUGUUCAAUUAGAUAUGAAUGAUAAGAAUGAAUUUCAACGUGAACCAAUAUCAGAAGAGGUCUUAUCAUCAACACUUGAAACAAAUCAAUCACAACAUAUUAAUCCGUUUCAAGUGUAUAACUCAUCAUCAUUGUCGCAAUUGGAAUCAAUUUCUCGUAAUAUAUCCUUUAUUCCAUCUCUUAUAUGGAUUGGUUUAACUAAACAAGAAUUUCAUCUACAACCGUAUCAAGUCAAAUGCUUAACACUAAAAGGUCUAGCACCACAACUUGGAAUUUAUAACUUAUGCACAUUUAGUAUAAAAGCAGCUCCAUUAUUACUAUGUAAUUCACAUUCCAAUCUAAACACAACAAAUAAACCUUUGUUAAUUGAUCAAAAUAUAUUUCCAAUAUUUCUUGUUAAAAAUCAUAAUAUGUUAUCUUUGGUUAUUGUAGAAUAAUUAAACAAAAAAAAACCAUUGUGUCCAUGUAAUCAAUCACCGUCUGCCAUGUAAACACAAUCCUUAACAACGUGCCUCUUUUCAUUUUUGUUGAGAUUCAAUGUAUACAAUAGAUGAUAAAGUAAUAGUUGUUUCAUAUUUAACACUGUUAUCGUCAAUAAAGCAUAAUGAUGAUUUAAUUCUACUCGAAUUGAUGUUUAUCUGUCUUAUGAUUUGUCUAUCUAUUUGUUUGAUUGUCUACAUUUCAGUUAGCCUUAAGCAUAGAUGCAUCUAGUGUGUACAUUUAAAUUAAUGCUCAAAUGCUUUAUAUAUAUUUAUUUUUUAUUGAUUUUUCGCACUUCUUCUAUAUUCUCACUUGUGAAAUUUUGAUACAAAUAGAUGAAAGGUUUAAUGAAAUAAAUGAAUGGAAAGUGGAAUACCUGCGCGUUUGUACUAUAUGUAUCCAUGUGCAAUUACCUUGAACCUUUUGUUUUUCUAUUCGUCUUAGUUUACCACGUUAGUUUUCAUUGUUGGUGAUGAACACGUUUACGGUGUAAUCGUAACUCUGAUUAUAUUUGCAUAUAUAUAUAUAUAUAUCAUGUGUGAUUCUACAAAACUAUUGGUAUUGCUACUGUGUAACUAAUUUUCCUUAUUUUGUCAUUUAUUCAUUUACAUUUCCUUCUCUCUAGUUUCAUUUUUAUUCAAUAUUUAUUACUCUUAAUCUGUAAACUUUCACUGUUGUAUUUGUGCACACUUCUUGUGGUGCGGCUUAUGUUUCGUCGGUGAGCUUUCCAAGGUAGUUUCGUUUCUAAUUUUCUUUGUAAUUAUUAAUUUUGGGAUUCUUCGUUGAGAAAAAUAAAUACAUCUUAAUUGAUAUACCAAAUAAACCAGGCAGAUAUUUCUUGUAAAUUCAGUAAUAUUGUCAGUUGAACAAUAAAUUGUUUCUAAUGUUUAAAUUGAAACCAAAAAUUCCGAUAUCUCGGUGAUUCAGUUCAUCAUUCAGAGCAUUUUGUCUGUCAGUCUCAACGAAGAAUCCGCUACGUAUGGACAUUGAUUCAAAUUGUCAUACCUCAUUAGCAAAGAGAAAUAAAAACGUCAUACCAAAUCCCAGAAUGGUUAAGGUAGUAACAGUACCAGUGGUAAUAGGAAAGAUUAAAUAUUAAAGUCACGACUCGAAAGGAAAAUAUAAAUUAAUAAAAUAAAAACUAAAGGUUACGGAGAAUUUAGAAUUUGGGGAAAGACAACGAAUGGAUGCACCUGCGCCAUCGCAAACGAUUUUGAGCCAUAUCAUUCAAAGUCUUUAAGCACUAGUCACGAUAAUCACGCUGACCCCAACCAGAUAGUCUAUACCUGUUGACAUUGCGAAGUUCAGUUGUCAAUGUACUGAUGUUAUGUUUUGGUUUGGUGACUUCUAGCUUUCUUCCAGCCCACUUCUGCAUCAGAAUACGUCACUCGUCGA